AUGAAGGGGCUCAUGUGGAAGCGAGGGUACACGCUCCCCACCAUGAAACGUGUGUUCUGUGUUCUGGAAGGGUCCAUGCUGUCAGUGUACGGGUCCGAGCACGAGUUCGACCGAGGCCACGCUCCGCACAAAGUGAUUGAAAUUACGCAAGUCCAGCUCUGGGACGGGCGGUCUACGUUCAAGCACUACGACCACGGGUUCGUCCUCGUCGCUCUCGGGGGCAAAUCGUACCAGUGCAGCGUCGACUCGGCUUUGCUUCAAAAGGAAUGGAUUCAUGCGAUUCAGUCGUCGCUUGAAGAGCCAUAUCGAAUCGUGGCAGAUGAAAUCAUCGACGCCCAAAGAGACUUGAAUUCGGAAGUCAAGGAAGAGCGCGACACCGCAUCCAUCGCGGCAGAAGCAGUCAAGCGCGCCGAAGACGCAUCUCGCGCGAUCCGCGGCGGCGAAGAACAUGUCAAAAUGCUCAAGGAAAAACAAGUUGUAUUGAGUCAAAAACUUCAAGGGACCACGGACGAAUUGCACGAUGCCGAGCGCAAAGCGAACGAAACGAUGGAAAAGGCCCAGGCGGCCAAGCACGUUGCGCACGACGAUAUCCUGCGCCAUGCCGCACAACCCAGUCGAGUGUCGGACGCGCUGAAGAAGGACGCGGCCACUCUCUCCGCAAUGUACGAAGUAGAGAUGAACGUGGUCACAACGCUGCAAAAGGCCCUCCACGACAUCCAGGAUGAAAUGACUGCGCUGGAAGGAACGAUUGCCGCCGCAGUCGCAGACGUGGCGGCGAUGAAGCAGAAUGCCGAGCAGACGAUCCAAGAAGCAACUGGAGCGCUCCACACGGCACAAACGGCCAAAGUCAAAGUGAAGUUGCGCCUGGCGUCGUGGACGUCAAGUCAUUCCCAUGUCGAUUCGCUGGCCCAAGGGUACUUGAAGGUCCAAAAUACGCUGCGGCCCCAAAUGCAUCGAAAGUACUUUGUUUUGUUCGGGAAGACGUUGUGCUGGUACAAGAAUGCAGACGACUACAUCCAACACAUCCGGUCACCGCUGGGGGUUGUCCACGUCGCGGGACCGAUCAAGGACUGGAGCGGCAAAGUCGGGCUCACAACGUACCCGAAUGCGUUUGCAAUUCCAACCGUCGAAGGCAAAGAGCUCCACGUGAGCGCGAGUGUGGCGAACGAAGUGUCGACGUGGAGCGUCGCCAUUCUCACGGGUGCGACAAUGAUCCCCAUGUCGCCAGAGCGUGCCCGCGAUGCCAAGACACGGCGCGACUCGUUCGACUUGACGUCGCCUCCCGCGCACACGCAUCGCAUGAGCUUCUUUGCGACAUCGGACGCCGGCCGUUUGGACAGUCCAUUUCCCCCGUCGCUCCAAAAGGACAAAGAUGUCGCCUCGAACAAAGCAGACGUUGUGGUUGUAGAGGGCAGUUUGGUGAAGCAAGGCCACUUCGUCCCGGCGAUGAAGCGCAAGUAUUGUGUCGUGGUCGGCAUUCACAUUUUCUUUUUUGACAGCCAUGAGCAGUACGUUGCGGCGAAGGCAGAGACGGGCAGCGACCCGCUGUCUCCCGACACAACGACUGUGCCGUGUUCGGAAGUAGUGCGUGUGGCCGACUGGGACGGGCGCCUGCUCUUGAUGACGUACCCCCACGCGUUUCAAAUCGAUACGGCGCAUCACGCGCAUAUCCAUUGCAGCGCCGCCAGCGCCGCGGAAAAGGAGCGUUGGAUGAAGGGGCUUCGUACGGCCAUCGGCCACCACGCCGCGAACGUCCGCGCUGCUGGUUCCCUCGAUUCAUUUCACCAUGUUGCGGACGAAUCCAAGGUGCCGCUGACAGACCAUGCUCGCGCCGUCCUCGAGUUUGAAACGAUCUUGACCGACUACUUUCACCAACACAACUCGGCCAAGCACGACGAUGUGUACAUGAUGACAAAGUUGUUUCAGGGACGUGAAGGCGAACUGCUCAAGCACCUCGACGAUGCCUACAGCACGACGUUAGCCAAAGACCACGCGUCCCUCGUGGCGAAGCUCAUGAAAUACCACGCCACGAAACUCGCUGACGACAGCGCGAUCGAGACGGACGGUCUGUUGCCGCAUCUGGAAGGCAUCUUGCACUACGACGUGCCGGCACUGCUCACGACGACCAAGGUGAAAGUGUACGCUGUGCUUUUGGGCAACAAGCUUCUUCACUUUACGACCCGCAUCGAAGCCCUCACCGAGCCAGACCAUCCCACGGAGACGCUCGUUUUUGUGGCGGCGGACUCGGUGCCAGAUCAGCCGCUCAAGCUCCAAGUCACGGACCCCUCCGGCGCCAAGCGAACAUACGACACGUCGUCGAGUGGCCAGCGCGACCACUGGAUUCGAGUAAUGCACCUCGGCAUCGAGUACGCCCGAGCGCAUCGGCAACGCGUCACGCUCAAAUUGAGCGAAAGCACAACGCUGCAAGAGAUUCUGGACUCCCCUGUACUGGACGACUGCAGUCCCGAAAGCGCCGAAUUCAAACAGCUCGUCGUGGCGUAUUAUGAGGCACACAAUCCCGAUGGUCUUGCGAGCAUUGAAGCCCUCUUGAUGCAUUUUCGAGGCAAAGAGCACUUGCUCCUGGCGUCUCUAGACAAGAUGUACGGGACCAACUUGGUUGGUGACGACCGCAUGAACAAAUUGUGCACCGCCAUGUCGGCGUACUCGUCCGACGCGCUUGGGGUGUCCGUGGCAGCUUCAACGUGGCGAGCGAGCUUGGCUUGCGAUGGAUCUGUCCCCCGGCACAAAAAAUCGGGGUUUGUCAUGGUCAAGUGCGCGCCAACGAUGCCGCAGCUGAAAAAGUGCUACUGCGUCGUCGAAGGGGCGACGUUUGCAUGCUACGCUGGCGUAGACAUGACCCAAGUUUUGCUUGGCCCGUGGCAAAUCGACAACGUCUCCAUGGGCGACGGUCAGUUUAGCAUGUACAUCGACACGGCGACAGGGACGAAAGUGUUUGCCCAGCUCCCGACGGAAGUCGAGUUUCACACGUGGCUCUCGGCGUGCCACGUGGCGAUCGCAACACACCACACGACCUCACUCAACGAGUCUCCCCUGGCAAAGUACCUCGUGGGGUUCUAUGGCAGGACGAACCCGGCCAAAGUCGCCGACGUCCCGCUCUUACUCGACGCGUUUGCUGGGCGGGAGAUGGACUUGCUCGUCAAAAUCGACGCCGUGUACCACACGAAUCUAGCGGCAGACCCGCAAGUUCUUGCGCUCGUCCCCAACGCGUCGGCAUUAUCGGCCACGACCUCCACCGCGGACGAGCCCCUCAUGCAAGGGUAUUUUAUGAAAAAGGGCUACGAGAUGCCGUCCAUGGCCAAGUUCUACGGCGUCCUCUUGGGCCAUGUACUGCACGUGUACGACACCAAAGAAGACGCCGUUGCCAAAACCGUGAGCCAUCCGCCGAAAGAGCUAGCGGCCGUGGCAGACUGGUCGGGAAGCACACACGACAAAUUUCGCUUUGGGUUGGAGCUGGUCACGGCCACCCACCGCACGUACUUUGUCGCAUUUGACUCGGACGAUACCAAGGUGCAUUGGAUGAGCGCGAUUCAACAUGGCCUUGCGCUCCAGCGUUUGGCGGCUCGCAAGGCGUCGGGGGCGCUCCACAGCGACGCGACCAAAGCCAUCCGCGACAAGAUCCUCCAGUCGUACAGCCACGUGAGCCAACACUUUGUCGACGAGCUGAACGGCGUGCUCGAGCUCUCGCAUGGGUUCGACAUCGACGUGCUCAAAAUGCUCGACAAGAAAUAUGGCACGCACAUGUCGAUCGACCCGGACGUGACGGGGCUGUUGGGGACAACGCACGUUCCACAGGGCUUUGAAGCGGCCGUGGCGCUGACGUCGUCGGACGGGCAGAUGAGUCAGCCCCUUUACGGGGUCCUUGCAGACACCACCUUGCAAUGUUAUGCCGACCGAGAAAGCUACAAGACGGGGCAACUGCAGCCGCAAUUGAAUAUCACGUGCUUGGCUGUCGCGCCGUGGAAGGGACAAUUUGAAGGGUUCGUUGUCGACACCGCGGAAGGAAAGCCCGUGUACUUGCUUGGUGCGACGCCCGCCGACACGACCCGGUGGAUGGACGCGCUUCAGGCAGCUCUGGACAAGGCGAAUAUGCGCGGCCUGUUGCAUUCGGUCCCAGCGGAUGGAGGCAACGUGCUGUCGAGCUUUCUGUCGAUCGAAGCAAACGGAAAGCUCGUUCGACGGUAUGUUGUCCUGGAAGACUUGGAAAUCAAAGUGUUCAAGACACCCGACGCCUUGCAGCCGGCCGUGUGCUACGACGUGGUGGCCAUGGCGGCAUGGCCGUCGGCAACGGCUCCGAGCCAGUCCUUUCAGCUCGAUUGUCGAAGCGAGUGGAGUUCGGUCGUCCUGCGGUGCGUCGCCGACUCGGUCGAGAUCAAGGACAACUGGCAACGGCAAGUGGCCGCCGCUCUCAAGCAUAAGGCAGGGGAUGACUUGAUGCAAGACCAAGCGAUUGAACUCCAGGACGUGUCGUCGUGUGCGGCUGAGUUCCAAGCGUCUUCCGUACAGGGGUACAUGAUGUACCGAACGCAAGUCCAUGGCAAGUGGACGGAUGCGCAAGAGGGGUAUUUCAUGCUCCACCAGGACCGCUUGAUCGGGUACUCGGAUGAAACAAGAGCACGUGCGGGCGACGUGGCGAUGCAAAUCAUGGCCGUCCAGGUGAAGUCGCUGUUUGAAUCGCAAGCCACCGGCGGCCACGAAAAGGAUUUUUACCUUCAAGGCCAAGUCGCGAGUUCGCCGACGUCGACUACGUCAACGUGGCACUUUGCCCCACCAGACACCAACGAUCGGCACGUGUGGGUGGCUGCCAUCCACAGCGCUCUCAACGACAGUCGCGGUCGCACGAUAUUACAAGAACAAGAGGCGGAACUCGCGCUGCACGCGGCAACGGUUGGUGCCAGCCGCACGUUGUCGAAUCCGCGACUGGGCUUUGUGGUCCCCCACUCGUCCAUGGAAGGCAUGUUGCAGCGAGUGCAAGACGCAUUCCUCCACGUGGCACGGGAUCCGACCCGAUACUAUGUGCUGGUGCACGACAUGCUGCGGUGGUUUCCGACCAAGACCGACGCGUCAAACCGCAUCGACGACAGCAACAAUUGUCCGCACAUCGAACCGGGCAACGAAGGGGACGAAACCAGCUUGAAAGUCCUGUCCGUGUCCGAUUGGGGCGGCUCUCUAUGUGGCUUCCAAGUGGACGCUGUCUUUCGAGGCGUGACGGGGUCGAUCCAAUUUGUGGCCGCGAAUGCAUCGGACAAAGAGCGGUGGAUUCGAGCACUGAAAACAGCGUGCGACGAAGCGGUCGCGGAGCAGACGUUGCGUGAUAUCUUGACCCGUCAGGCGUCGCUGCAGUCGCAGCCAAGCAGCGAGAUUUUUCUGGAAGGGUUCGUCCAUCUUCGUCGGUCGCACUUUGGUGCGGCAUGGAAGGAACAUUAUUGCGUGCUCAAGGGCCCGUGGCUGGCUACGUACGACACGCGAGAGGACUUUGCAACUGCACCAGGCAAACCCACGAGCAAGCGGGAAGUUGUUUUUGUCGGGGACUGGUAUGGCGGUGUGUCGGCGGGCGGCGCGAAAAACAUGUUUCGAAUUGAAACAAUCGAAGACGGAUUCGUCGAGGCGUACGUGGACGACGCUGCGGACAAGCCGCAAUGGAUGCAGACGCUCCAGACAGCGGUCUCGUCGCUGAAAGCCGACCAACUGGUCACGCGCGAUUUGACCUUGCCUAGUUAUGCCGGGGCGACGAUGGAAGGGUACUUGACCAAGCAUGGCGGGACAGUCCGGGGCUCGCUCAAGCGGUAUUGCGUGCUGUUGCGCACGUUGUGGCUCUACUUUGCCUCGCAGGAAGAUGCCGUGAACGGCACCGACCCGCUCGGCACUUUACAAGUCGUUGGAGUCGAACCGUCGACGUCGGAGGGGAUCGUUUCGGAGCACUCGUUCAUGCUGCUCACGUCUGGACGAAAGGACAAACUGUGCUGUGAGGCGCACACCGGGGCGGAGAAGCAGCUGUGGGUACGCGCGAUCCAAGGCGAGUUGGACCAGGAGAAUGCUCUUCGGGGAGAUAUUCGUGCGGCGGAAGCCCGGGAGCGAUCAAAGGCCCAGCAGCUGCAGGACACAGUCAACAAAUCGCGAGUAAUCAACGAAGAAGCGGCGGCCCUCGAUGCGGAAAUGGAGGCGACCCUCAAGCAGUUGGAACACUACAACAGCGGUGGCGACGAUGACUUUGACGACGAGACCGACGAUGACGACGCCACUCCCUACGUCGAAUAUGUUGACGCACCCCACGACACGGCGCCGGAGAACUCGCCCGUUCGACGGGCCUCCAGAAACAAAACGACUCCGUCCCUUGUGUCUCGGCCAGACAUGCAUCCAGCCGACGACACCGACAACGCGGCGUGGCCGUGGUUUCGAUGGUGCAAAUGCUUUGCGCCGCGCCAGCCUCUCCAUUUGAAAGUCAACCACGACCCGAUGCUGACGGACCACGAGCGACGAAUGUACUCUUGCGAGUUCUACUCGAACGGGACGAUCGACUCGUCGCUUUAGGAAUGAAAUCGCUCCAUCGGUCUGAAUGUGACGUGAAUGCGAUCGCACGGUUGCAUGUCAUAGUUUCGAAAUAAGGCUCAGAGCUGUUC